GCAUGCGCGGUGCCUAAUGGAACAGGGACGCAGCUCGGGCUGUGACAGUGGGGUUUAUUUGAGAGUGCAUGAACCUGUGGCUAUAGCGGAUGUGUGCAGCGUGAACGCGAUGCGUUAUAACGAGACAUAAUCGCUUCGUAGCGCACUGCGGAAGGGAAAGGAAGGAAAAGAGAUGUGAGCUGUCGUCAUUCGGGAAUAGCGACGUAGGAGAUGUCGGAGGUUGGAUUUGUUUGGGAUUGACUGUUGUUGUUUUUUUUUCACCCCACUUCUCUGGGCUUAAUGAGUGUCCAAAGUGAGAGGAGCCUCUCUGGAAGUUUGGACGCAGCGCCAUCUUUGGUCCCAGUUCUCCAUCUGCGACCCCGGGCCUGGCUUUAAUCACAAACAUCUCAACCACCGGGAUCCGUGACAGAGGGAUGGAGGAGCUGCAGUCUCUGGACCCACGCAGACAGGAGCUGCUCGAGGCUCGGUUCAUGGGGGCAGUAAGCGGCAGCACCGGGGGCAGCACAGGCAGCGCCAGCGGAGGAGCCAAGGGCUUAAUCAAUAAUGAAUGCUCCAACCACAGCUUUGGCAGUCUGGGAUCAUCAAGUGACAAGGAGUCUGAGAACUCCGACCUGAAGAGAGGCGGCUCUCCGGCAUAUUCCACACCUGAGAAGAAGCACUCUGAAACGACCAGGAGGAAGAGAAAAGCUGACAACCAAUCAGAGAGCAACCAAGGGAAGUCUUCCGGCCGAGGAGCAAAGAUCAGUGAUUACUUUGAUUUUCAGGCAGGAAACGGAUCCAGCCCUGUCAGAGGAAUGCCGCCUGGUCUUCGUGCCCCUCACGGCUCUCAUUCUGCCCCCGGUUCCAUCGUGCGACAAAACAGUUCCUCGCCCACCAGCCUGUGUUUCGCCGAUCACAUGAUGCAGCCGAAGCAGCUCAGUAUCAGAAGUGUGCAGACUGAUCUGACUCUGUUAAAGCUCGCUGCCCUAGAGAGCAAUAAGAAUCUGGAUCUGGAGAAAAAGGAGGGCAGAAUAGAUGAUCUGCUCAGGGCUAACUGUGACCUGCGGAGACAGAUUGAGGAACAACAGAAGCUGCUGGAAAGAUAUAAAGAGCGCCUGAACAAGUGCACCACCAUGAGCAAAAAACUGCUCAUUGAGAAGAGCACUCAGGAGAAGCAGUCGUGUCGGGAGAAGAGCAUGCAGGAUCGCCUACGUCUCGGUCACUUCACCACGGUGCGACACGGAGCGUCCUACACGGAGCAGUGGACAGACGGAUACGCCUUCCAGAACCUGGUCAAGCAGCAGGAGUGGGUGAACCAGCAGAGGGAAGAUAUUGAAAGGCAGCGGAAGCUUCUUGCAAAGCGCAAACCUCCCAACACAGCACCGUCUCAGAGCCCAGCGCCUUACAACGAGUCCAAACCCAGAAAGACCAAAGCCGUGAACGGGGCGGACAAUGACCCCUUUCUGAAACCCAGCCUACCUACACUGUUGACUUUAGCAGAGUAUCAUGAACAGGAAGAAAUCUUCAAACUCCGACUGGGCCAUCUGAAAAAGGAGGAAGCGGAAAUUCAGGCCGAGCUGGAGCGUUUGGAGCGAGUGAGGAAUCUUCACAUCCGUGAGCUGAAGAGGAUCAGUAACGAGGACAGCUCCCAGUUUAAAGAUCACCCAACCCUCAACGACCGAUACCUGCUCCUACACCUGCUGGGUAGAGGAGGAUUCAGCGAGGUUUAUAAGGCCUUUGACCUGUUUGAGCAACGAUAUGCAGCAGUGAAGAUCCACCAACUCAAUAAGAACUGGAGAGAGGAGAAGAAGGAGAACUAUCACAAACAUGCAUGUAGAGAAUACCGAAUCCACAAGCAGCUGGACCAUCCCAGAAUAGUCAAACUGUACGACUACUUCUCCCUGGACACGGACACGUUCUGUACGGUGUUGGAGUUCUGCGAGGGGAACGAUCUGGACUUCUAUUUGAAGCAGCACAAGCUGAUGACUGAGAAAGAAGCCCGUUCCAUCGUCAUGCAGAUCGCCAACGCCCUCCGAUACCUCAACGAGAUCAAACCGCCAAUCAUUCACUACGACCUCAAACCAGGUAACAUCCUGCUGGUGGACGGUACUGCGUGCGGAGAGAUCAAAAUCACUGACUUCGGUCUGUCGAAGAUCAUGGACGAUGAUAACUACGGUGUGGAUGGUAUGGACCUUACCUCACAGGGAGCAGGGACCUACUGGUAUUUACCACCGGAGUGUUUUGUAGUCGGAAAGGAGCCGCCAAAGAUCUCAAAUAAAGUGGACGUCUGGUCUGUGGGCGUCAUCUUCUUCCAGUGUCUGUAUGGACGCAAGCCGUUUGGUCAUAACCAGUCUCAGCAGGACAUCCUACAAGAGAACACCAUCCUCAAAGCCACUGAAGUCCAGUUCCCUCCCAAACCUGUGGUCAGCAAUGAAGCCAAGGCGUUUAUCCGGCGCUGCCUGGCGUACAGAAAGGAGGAUCGUUACGACGUCCACCAGCUCUGUAGCGACUCGUACCUGCUCCCUCACAUCCGACGAACCAAUUCAUCUGGAAACCUGCAGGCCACACCCACUAGUCCCGCCUCCUCCUCAAUCAUCUCUUACUGAUCUCAUGUUGAUCUGUGCGGCUUGAAAAGUGAUUGACUUUUUUUUUGUUAGUUUGUAUGUUUUAAGCGAUUGCCCUUGUGUGUAGGUGUGUAAAAGUCGGAGGGGUUUACGUGUCAGGAUGUGUGCCUAGACACACCUGGCAACAGUUGCCAUGGUAAAAGUGCACUUGAUGGGAUGUUGGGCACAGGUGGAAGAGGGGAAAAAAAAACUUGAAUACUAAUGUCACAAGGUGGCUGGGUUAUACACAAGUGUACAGGAGGUGUGUGUGCUUACAUACGGUGUAAGUGUGUGUGCGUGUGUGUGAUGGGGAGGGCAUUACACUUCACACUUUUCAGUUAUUUCUUUGUCUUUUAUCCCCUACUGUGUGCGUGUGUAUCAGAGAUGCUGUUGGGAGUGUGUGUUUGUGUGUACAAGAGAGCAGGUCCAGGGUAAACUUGACUUCUUCAAAUAGAUAGUUCUGGAUCCAUUUUUUUUUUAACCAGUCAUUGACCUCUGAUGUCAUCAUUGUGCGCCUCAGAAUUUCCACAUUUUCCAACUCCACACUAUGUAAUAGUGCGUUAUUUUCAGGGUCUGAUGUAUUGAGUGAUCACAAUGGUCACACCAUGCAGUCUAGAGACCAUGAAGUACCCAUAAUGCACUGUUACUAUUUUUGUUUUGAUUAGUUCACACUUUCACUGAGGAAUACAGUGAGUUACUAUGGAAAUGCCUCGAAUGUUGAAUGCAAGUGUUUAAGGAAGUAUUUCUGAGUGUUUCAUGGAGUUUCUCACUGCAGUACCUCAGGUCCAGGGGGUGGAGCCGUAUCUGAUCCGUUUGCUUUGGAUGUCUCAUCCACGAUGCUUAAACCUAACCUACAAAACACUGUACAACACAUGAAACACACUCACACAGCCUGAAACACACUCCUACUACCUGGCUUGACUCCGCCCAGGUAGAAGGAGCUGGAUCAGGUUCGACUCCACCCCACGGACUUACCUUGUGUUAGGCUGAGAGAAGUACUCUUGUUUCUGAUCACUCGUUUCAGUUCACUGUCGGAGUGGUGUUUUGCACCCAUGCAGUGGUAGUGAAGUAUUGAGUUCAAAAUUGAACUGUUUCCGUUCAUACACACAAACAAAAUCAGGCUACUGAGAGCGCUUGGAUAGGUUUAAAAGGUGAAAUAUAUCCGGUCAGUAUUUUGGUAUUGUCGACUAAAUUCUUUUGCCAUUUAAUAUUAUUCCAGUGUAUGCAAGCUAAUAUCUAUCUCUACAGUGAUUAGUGUGUGUACGUAUUUGUCAAACUUGCUUACAAUACCAGUGUAAAGACGAGCACUGAAAUCACUAAAACCGAUUCAAACCUAAAAAUAAUAAAGUAAAGGUCUGCGAAUGAGGCAGCAUCUCAUCAAAGCUGGUCUUCUAGAGUUCAAUCCAGUUUUCUAGCGCUUGAAACAAUAGAGGUUUUGAUCCAGCACAAUCUUCACCCAUGACGUUCUCGUCCUUUGCUUAAAGAACAAGUUGUCCAGAUUCAUCACUUCACUUGCAAACAUGUUUGAACAAUUUGUCUUCAACAGGCCUCAUUUAUCAGCUGUAGUGAUGUAAACGUUUGUGAAAACUGAGCCAAACUAAAAUUUUCCACAAGAUUUACAAGCUGCAAUUUUUCUUCUCACUAACAUGCCUAAGUCGAUUACUUGUAAUGCACAAAGCACGUUCCAGACACGACUCAUUUGCCUAUGGUGACGCCUACAAAAUCCAUAGAAGCUGAAAUGCGCAGCAGAAUGAAGUAAAGGCUGAAAGGCAGAAAUGGAACUUAUUUCGACUCUGUGUUGUGCCAGAAAAAUGGAAUAACAUUUAUUUACUUCCUCCAUUUAUAGCCUACCAUUUAUUUUGUCAUAUUUGAAUGAGUUUCCUUCAUCUUUAUUUAUAAUUUCUGGAUGUCUUGGCUUGUUUGUUUUUUCAAUCAUUCUAUAAUUAAUGCUAGUAAUAUAAAACUGCUGCUUUUAACUAAAUGUUCCUGAAAGGACUCGUUAAGCCUCUGACCUUGUGAACUAGCAUGAGGAUGCAUUUUCGAUAGAGACUUUAAAGCGCUUCUAUAAGUCGUUCUGGGUAAAUGUGAUAAAAAUAAGCAAUUUGAAGUCAACAGUAUAUCCUGUGUUUAACGGUGAAGACACAUGCUUUAGGUUUUCUUAGAUGUAAACUGACACACUCGGGAGCAUAAACAAUUAGUUGCUCAGUUCCUCAGCAGCCCUUAGACUCAAGUUUGAUUUAUUUUCUGUCCUUUUAUCAGUUAAGGAAAACAUGUAUGUUCAGUUCUAUAGUAAACACAGGUACUCUACAUGAUUAGGGAGAAAAAGGUUGGAGCAUUUCUUCAGCUCUGUGAAUUGAUAUGUGGCACACGCUGAUGACAUCAGAUGGCAGGGAUUAGUUAAAAUAAAUGUCAUGUUUUAUAACUAAUUAUGUUCACAACAGGUCCAGGAUCUCUGCUGGACUCUCUCACUCUGCCCUUGAAGCAAUGUUCACGUUGCUGCUACUCAGUGUUGCUUUUUAGUUUUCAGUUAGGCUUAUAUUGUUUAUUUUUUUGUGUAUACUGUACAAUUUUAACAAGAGAUGUCAUAUAUGAGAAGUUUAUUUGCCAGGAAAUUUGCAGCAUGUUGAUACUAUACUUUUUGUCAGGUGUGUGAGAAGUGUGUGUGUGUGUUUGUAUGUGUGUAACAACUUUUAAGCUAACAAACAGAAAGUGGCCCUGACUCCACCCACAAAUCGCUGAUCAAACCGUGUGUCCAACGAGGAGCCGGAGUCAGCAGCGCUCGGUCAGCUUUCUUCUCCUCCCCCUUUCUCUCUCUCUCUCUCUCUCUCUCUCUCUCAGCCCUCCAUCUGUGAUCUGUCUCUAAAAAUGCUGCUGCCGUUGUAGGGAAUGUAGCCAAAAGAGAAAUAAAAAUUCCUAAAGCUAUUUUAAUACA